AUGUCUCGAACAAUCCUUGCCGUGCUGGCUUUUGGCUUUUGUUUUUUCGCCAUUUUGCCAGCUCUGUCCAGUGCUGAGGCAAAUUCUGUUAAAAAAAAGUACAAAUUCCUGCUUUUUGGCUCCAUCACGGGAGGCAGCCACUACCUCUGCCUUGCCAAAUUAGGCCGAGCACUAGUCAGGCACGGUCAUGGCGUUGUUUCUCUUAUCAGCACCUGUAAUCCCUCUACCCUCUGGGAAAACGAUGUCGGUUUGUUCCCACACGUUGUCUUCAACUCGUCCUACACCAAACAGGACAAGGCAGACAUUUUGUUUUCUCUAUCCAGUAAAUCCAUGAAAGGUUUCUCGGCUAACUCGGAAGAGCUGAGUCGUGUAGUCCGUGUCGCGCUCUUCCGGGAGUGUGACGCCCUGUUUAAUGACUCAGCUACAAUGAAACGGCUACACGAGGAGAGAUUUGACAUGCUUAUUGCAGACGACUGUAUACCUUGUAGCCCACUGUUGGCGCAGGCUUUAGACAUCCCAUUCGUCCUCAACUCUGUCUUCUUUGCGAUCCCAACCAAACAUGGGCAGUGUGAGGGCACCUGGGGGGCACCGGGGAUUUGUGGGGGCAUGUUCCCACCACUACCCCCUGGCUACACCACCGUUUCAGAACCA